GGUUGAAAAGUUACCUGGGCCGAGCCGCGUUUAGUGAGAAACAUUCAAAUUUUGUAUCCUGCAUUGUAGAGUUCGGUUAGUUACGGUAAAAUGAGACAAUUAAUCAUAAGAAACUAAUUAUUUGAAAACACAACCAUAUUACAAUGUCUAUACAAAUAUACCAAGACACCAAUACUUUAGCAAAUUUAAAAAACAACAUUGGAAAGAAAGCCAAGUUAGAAGACGAAAAACACGCACAUAAUAAGUCUAUUACAUCAAAGUCUAAAAGAGUUCCUCUUGCAUCUAUAUCAAAUGUUCAAGGAAGCAGAGUUCAACCGAAUCGUGCAGCCAAAGAAAAACUUAAACCUUUUCAAAGUAUAUCUGAUAACAAGUUUGCAAGCGAUGUACAAAAAUGGUCAAGUUCAAUACAAAUACAUGAUACAAAGUCUGUAUUGUACAAAGAGAAUAUUUACAAUGAAUCAUCUACAUUUGAUACUUUAAAAGAAUCUCCUAUGGUUUUUUCACCGUUUGUUUCUGACGAUAGUUGCAAAAAAUAUUCUGCUAUAAAUAGUAUUCAAGACAUAGAUGCCAAGUUACAUGGAGUUUUUGAACUUCCUGAGUAUGCUCAAGAUAUACAUAAUUACUUAAAGAAAUCAGAGGCAAAAUACCGUCCAAAAAUCAAUUAUAUGAGAAAACAAACUGAUAUAAACAGCAGUAUGCGUGCAAUUUUAGUGGAUUGGUUAGUAGAAGUUAGUGAGGAAUAUAAACUUAUACCCCAAACACUUUAUUUGUCAGUCAGUUAUAUUGAUAGAUUUUUGUCGCAUAUGUCGGUAUUAAGAGGGAAACUUCAACUUGUUGGCGCAGCUUGUAUGCUUGUUGCUGCAAAAUUUGAAGAAAUAUAUCCUCCAGAAGUUGCUGAGUUUGUAUAUAUAACAGAUGAUACCUAUACUGCAAAACAAGUUUUGCGAAUGGAACAUCUGAUACUGAAAACCCUUGCUUUUGAUCUAAGUGUGCCCACUUGCAGAGAUUUUCUUAGUCGAUACCUAUAUGCUGCUAAUGCAAAACCAGAAAGUCAGCAAAAAUACUUAGCUGAAUAUCUAUCUGAGUUAACACUAAUAAAUUGUGAAAUAUCUGUUAAAUAUCCUCCUUCUAUGAUUGCCGCGUCAUCAAUAUGCUCUGCCAAUCACAUAUUGAAUUUAAUGCCAUGGACACCAACAUUAGAGUUUUACUCUGGGUAUAAUAUUAAUGACUUAAAGAGCUGCUUGCAUGACAUACAUUUACUGCAUCAAGCUGCGUCCACUAACCCACAGCAAGCAAUACAACAAAAAUAUAAAUCGCCUAGGUUCGGCUGUGUUUCUUCGAUUGCGCCUCUAGAAAUGCCUUGUAUAUAAUAUAUCUCUAGUAUACGCUCAUAUUUAUAAAGUAAUCGUUUGUAAUAUAGUAUAAGUCAGUCAACAUUUAUCUAAAAUCAUAAAUUUGUGUAGACUGCAGUUUUGAAAUGGUGCGUUAAGUCUAAGAAAUCUAAAAGCUAAUGAUUUUUUACUUUUUUACAUCUUAUUUUGGUUAUUUAUUUUAAUUUUAUCUAAAACGGUUUUACCCGAUAUAUUGUAUAUUUCUCGUUUUAAUGAUGAAAAUUUAUUCGUAUUA